CUCUCUCUCUCUCUCUCUCUCUCUCUCUGUUCUUAUUCUCUGUCUCACUCUCUUUUUCAAAUUCCAUGGCCGAUCAAAGCACAAGCACGUCAAUCAUGAAGCCCAAAACCCCACACCCACUUCAGCAAAUCGCCGAUACGCCGACCCACAAGCUUCUCCUCAAGCAAUGGCUCAAAGAGGAAGAGCUAAUCCUCGGCCGAGUAUCCCUCAAGGAGACCCAGAUCAACUCGGUUCGAAAGGAGAUCACCAAUCUGUACGUCUUCUUCUUCCUCUUCCACUCCCUCUCCCUCGUCAUCCUCUUCAACGCCGCCUCCUCGUGGGCCCCGCACGGCGGUGGUGCACUGUGCAGGAGGUCGUGGAUCCCGUCGCUUUGCUUGCUUCUGUUCUCGUUGGGGCUGAUCUGGGCCGUCCGGUACAAGACCGACACCGAGGUCCACCUCGAGAAGAUGCUGGAGAGGGAGAAGGAGGACGGGAAGCUCCUCGCGAGGUGCGUAGAGGAGCUGAAGAAGAAGGGCGUCGAGUUCGACCUGCUGAAGGAGGUCGACGCGCUGCGUCGGGCGAAGAGUCUCCAUGUCGAGGCAAAACCGGUGAGGAAGUGGUCAGCCAGGGACUUUGUUACCCUCUUCUUCUUCAGUGCUUCCUGUUUUGUUCUUGUCAUCACAAGGGUCAUCUUGUGUGAUUAGGUCUCUUCCUUUUUUUUUUUGUGGGGUAAAGGGUAUUUUGGGAAUUAUUGGGAUGAUUCAUUGAUUUUUGUUGGUUUUCUGUUUUUUGGGUUGUGGCAGAAUACUCUUGUUCUGCUUUUAGUGAACAUGUUAAGUUGAAAGUGUAUAAGAAUAUUAUGAAUAAAAUUU